AUGCCUCUGUCGUGGUCCCUGGAGCUCACCCAUGUAUAUGAUGAUGAGCCGACCCCCCCUGCGUACCUCGACAUUGAGCUCGACGACGACAUCGACGACGUCGGCGAGCUCAUUGGCGGACUCGGCCUCGGCACCGGCGCAAUGACCGCCGCCGAGUACGUCGCCAUCGACGAGGGCGAGCCGACGUGCGCGGAGGCGGCAGCGGGCGCAACACCAGAAGAUGCGGACGUGGGCCUGGUGGCGGAGCUAUGGAGGGCGCCUACCAAGAUGCAGGCCAUGUAUGACGAAUCCGACCCAAUCGGCCGUGAAGCGUGGCGCACGGCACGGGCGGCCAGCGAGAUGCUCAUCGGCUACGCUCGCGCCGUGAGCGUGACGCCGCGCGACCUUUGCCACCUGUUCGACAUUCGUAAUCCGAUUAUCAGGGAGCGCAUGGAGCGGGCAAGCCCCGCGCUCAAUCUCAACACGGCCCCGCCGCCGCGGCUUUCGCCGACCGUAACUCCGCCGCCUGACACCCCGCGUCCGAGGGGCCGAGUGCUGCCUGGCUGGAUGAACCAGCCGUCCCGCCGUCAGCAGCUUCUGGACGCCGGGGUUGGCGCCGCGAUGGGCGGAACCGAGCCAGAUCUGUUCAUCCUGACAAGCAUGUUCCCAAACCUGCAUGUAACGAAUCUCGUCGCUUCCGCACGGCCCCUCAUCCGCCCUGCUCUUCCUUCCGGUGGACUUGAGCCAGCGGGACUGGCGCACAUAUUCUCACUCUCCCCCCGUGCUCGUGUCUUUGUUGCCGCCCAACAGCAAUCCGCCCCGGAUGAUAGGCGGGUUGUCUUCUCUGCGGGCGGGGAAGAGUUUUCCCUCGUUCCCUUCCCCGCACGGGAGAAGAUCAUACAGAGGCCGAACAGUGCCAGAGGGCUGGCGGCGGCUCAUUUCCUCUCGUCUGGAUCCGUACUGUGGGAAAAGCCUCACGGUCCCGUCCCUGUCACCGCCAAGAUCGUGCAAUCCGCAAACGACGCCGCGUUUUGCGGGGUUCCGUCCGACCUCCUCUUUUGUCUCCAGAGCGGCGGCUCGGCGCGCGUUUCUGUCUCUGCUGCUGCUGCUCGUGGCAACCGCAGUCCUCCGAUCCUUCUGCAUCACGUGGCGCUGCGGCCACGGCAGAACAAGUCGCUCCUCCGCAUUCGGUGGCGGCGGUGGCGACGAAGCAAAUCCUCAGCAACAGCGACGAGGUUCGGCGCAGAGGCGAAUCUAGUGCCGCCGCGCCCGCAGCCGUCACGUUGGGCGGCAGCGGGGGGAGCAGCCUCCGACCGACUCUCCAGCGCUGUUGCUGGAGCGACGGGGGAACUGCGGAGGCUCCUCAGCGGCGGCGGCGGCGGCGGCGGCGGCAGCGGCGGUGGCGAUGGGAGCACCCGCACGUGGAUGGCGUCACGACUCCGAGCCGCGGGUGUGAACCUGAAGAGCCGGUGGACUGCCAUGGUCGGCGGCGGUAGCGGCGGGAGAGGUGGAGGUGGAGGUGGCGGUGGUGCGUUGUGGCGACGACAGGCGAUACCAAUUGACGACGACGAUGCCGCGACGGCCGCGCUGGCGACUCCCAUUCCCCGCCCCGCGGCUUCCGCGACGAUCGACAUCAGCGCUACGUCAGCAGGAGGCGCGCCGUUUGAGGCGCGCGGAGAGGCCGUGAACGCAGCAGGGGGGGUGGGGAUACGAGAGGGGCAGGAAAGCGCCAAGGGGGGUGCGGAGAUUCCGAGACCGUAUUAUGCGGAGGAAUUGAGGGAUGGCGCGGAGCAGAACGGCGAUGGACGGCGCGGCCCGUUGAAAUCAAUGGACUCGUCGCGGUCGCACGAUGCAACGCCGCACGAAAAUGCGUCGCUUGAAUCCUCGCAUGACUCAUCGCACGAUGAGUCGCAUGGCGACGUAUGGGACGCGGAAGCGGACCCCAUGAUGCGCGCGCGCAUAGUGCCCGGGGACGAGCUGGACGCGGCGCUUGCGCACAUGGACAUGCGGCGGCCCGUGAUGGUGACUUUAGCGAACGACGCGUUCCACGCGAUGCUGCUCAACUGGUGGUUCCACGUGUCGGAGACCGCAAGCAUCCCGAACGUUCUCGUCGGCGCGCUGGACCGAAGCACCGCCGAGUUAUGCAGGCAGCGCGGCAUCCCGCACGUGCAUCUGCGCACGGGGCUCCCGUCAGACGACUUCCGCGCGGACGCGGGCACGUUCCAGCGCAUGGGCGUGUGCAAGACGGCGCUGCUUACAGCGCUGCUAGAGCGCGCACGCGACGUGGUGCUGUCGGACACAGACGUGGUGUGGCUGCGCGACCCCUAUAACGAGCUGUACCUGGGGGCCAUGCGCCAUGCGGAUGUCAUGGUGUCCUCUGACUCGCUCUCGCAUGCUAAUGACGAGGCCAGCCUGCAUGUGGAUCCACUGAACAACACGGGCGAGGAGGGGGCGUGGUACCGGGGGGCGACGGCGCGGGGCAAGGAGGUGUUUGGGAACGCGUACGAGCACGCAUUCAACACGGGCGUGCUGCUGCUGCGAGCAUGCCCCCACAUGCUGCAAUUCGCCCUCGCCUGGCACCACGCCAUGAGGACCAAGGGAGCGAGCGAGGGGUGGGAGAGCCUGUGGGGCGACCAGCAUGCGUUCAACCUGCUGCUGCGUUACCAGAUGUUCCCCAUCCGCGUCGUCACCUCUCCCCUGCACCAACCCACCGCUGCCGCUGCUGCCACCACCACAGGGAGCUCUCAGCAGCAAGGCGUCCUCCCCAUCUCCACCCCGCCCUUCUUCCCUCUCACACUGGCCCGCCACCAUGGGGAGCAGCGGUCAGCACACAGCACAACAAACAGUGCAGAGAGCGGUGCGGUGGAGAGCAGUGCAGCAGUGGCGGCGAGCAACCGUGUGAUCUGGGCGUUCAACGGGCAGCUGCGCGUGGCUAUCCUGCCGCUCGCCCUCGUGCCCAACGGCCACGUGUUCUUCGUGCAACAACCGCACGGCUCCCCGCACCAGCACGCAAUACACAACACGUUCCAGUUCCACCACGCGCUGGGCAAGGCUGCUCGCUUCCGAGAGGCUGGGCUGUGGGCCGUGGACCCCCCCGAGAACUACGAGGAGGGCAACUACCUGAGCAUGGAGUACAGCACACCGCCAUGGAUCCAUGCCAUGGAGCCCGGCAUGCUCAGACACCAGGCCGCCAUGGAACACUUCUAUCACGUGGCACAGAAGGCCUUCGCCCUGGCGUGGCUCCUCUCCCGCAAGAUCAUCCUCCCACGCGUCACCUGCUUCUGCGACCGCUGGUGGGACUCCCUGUCGCACCCGUGCCGCGCGCCCGGCAGCGACCGCGACCCGCCGUUCGUGUGCCCCCUGGACUACCUCAUCUCGCCGCUCUACUGGGGCAGCAAUGCCACCGACAUGGUGUAUCGGCCUGCGUCGUUUUUAGAAGACCCGCGCACCAGUGAAGAAAUCAAGGCGUCAAGACGCUAUGUGUCCAUAGACUACCCAGAUGCCUCGUCCCUGCACCACCACAACCAACAACCUCAUCGCCAGCUCCAGCAGCAGCAGCAGCAGCAGCAGCAGCAGCAGCAUCAAGAACACCUAAUGCCGCACCAGCAGCAGCAGCAGCAGCCACCGGACCCGCUGUCAGUAUACGGGGAGCUGCGGCUGCCAAUGAACGCCACAGACAAGGAGGUGCUAGCCGUGCUGGGGCAGCCGCACGUGCAUGAAGUGCGUGUGCUGCACUUACUGCACCCCCACGACACCUUCUGCAGGUUCGUCGGCCAAAGGGACGCAGAGGCUUUUGAUGCGUACACGUGGCAGUUCUUUUCUCAAGACUGGUGCUGCACACCCAACCAUGAGAGUCGCACCUUCUCCAUCCCCCCUAUAGUAGACAUCUCUUUCGCUUCUUGUAACCGGCCCUCUCUGGACCAAACACCUGUGGCUGUGUAA